AAAAUAUAAAAUAAUAUUUCAGUUUAUGACUCUUAUCGACGCAGAUUGCUCUAUAAACCUAAUCACGAAACUAUUAUCGAUCGUUCUUCCCAUGUGUGUAUGCCUCUUAAAAUAUGGCGCUUUCUUGUAUAAUAAUCAAAAAAUGAAACAUCUUAUGGAUCUAAUAUGGUAUCAUUGGAGUAUAAUUCAAGAUAAACAAGAGGUUGCAAUAUUAAAAAAAUAUACUAAAUUCUCGAGGCGAUUUACACUUUUCAUGCUACACAUUUUCUCUUUGAGCAUAUUUGUUAUAAUCAUGGGCCAUAUGCUGCCAAUGAUACUCGAUAUAAUAAUACCGUUGAACUCAUCUCGGCCACGACAUUUUUAUAUGAUAAUGGAAUAUUUUAUCGAUCAAGAAAGAUAUUUUCUUUGGCUUUUAUUGCAUACUAGUAUGACUUUAUUAGUAGCCGCUUUAAUGGUUUUAUCUAUUGGAACUAUGCUUAUGAGUUGCGUUUUUCAUGCUUGCGCAAUGUUUAAAAUUGUUUUCAUCUCGUUAUCCACAAGUAACGUGAAUGAACUAUUUACAACCUUUACAUUCGUUGUCGCGCAUUUCUGCUAUUUGUAUGUAGGAAAUCAUGCUGGACAGAUAGUUACGGAUCAUCACGUCGAUGUAUUUAAUGCUACAUGUCGUUCAUACUGGUAUACGGCGCCAUUGCGUGCACAGAAAUUAUUAUUGUUCAUAAUGCAGAGAACUUCAAAAAACUUUUCUUUCGUUUUUGGAGGAAUAUUUGUAGUUUCGCUCAAAGGUUUUUCUACGCUUGCAAGCAUGUCAAUAUCUUAUUUCACGGUGAUCUAUUCUAUGAUAUAUUCGAGAUAAUUAUUUACAAGAAAAUGUCUUUAUCCGUAGAAUAUGUAUGGUGCAAAUUAUUUAAUAUUGUUAGAAGAAAUAUUUUCGAGUUCCAGGUAAUUUGAUUAUUGCUGAUUAUAUUACACGUAAGAAUAAUUUCUUUCUUG